AUGGCUCGCCUGCUGCAAUUCAUUGCGCUGACCGUAGCCACUGCAGUGAGUCUGUCGCAGUACGCCACCAACGAUCAUUCUACAUGGGGCACUUUGCCAUCCCCAGACUUCCCCAAAUAUCUCAUAGAUGGGCCUUUGGAAGAUGGAAUACCUUGGGGCAAGGCAGAUCCCUCUGGAGACGCGCCUCUCACAGGAGCGACGCGCCACUACAAUUUCGUCGUCACGCGUGAAUUCAAGUCCCCCGACGGCUUCAACAAGAGUGUAAUCUUGAUCAAUGACCAGUUUCCUGGUCCGGUGAUUGAAGCCAAUUGGGGAGACAUGAUUGAGGUGACUGUAGUCAACAAUAUUGAUAGUCCAGACGAAGGUAUCACAUUGCACUGGCAUGGUGUGACCCAGAGAAAGACCCCAUGGUAUGAUGGCGUUCCUGGUGUCUCCCAAUGCCCUAUCGCCCCCCGUGGCGGUAGAUUUAAAUAUACCUUCCAAGCAGAUCAGUAUGGCACUGGUUGGUACCAUUCGCAUUACAGUGCCCAAUAUGAUGACGGGCUCUACGGUCCAAUGGUCAUCUAUGGCCCGCUCCAGCCGGAAAUUAGUUACGAAUAUGAUUUGGGGCCAGUCAUGAUCUCCGACUACUUUCAUAUGAGCUACUACAAGGCAAUGGAGUUGACAUUGGGGAAGCCACCGCAGCCAUUGAAUGUCGACAACAAUUUGAUCAACGGCAAAGCCAGUUAUAACUACAAUCCCCCCAAAACGGAUAGUGACUCUCAUGAUGGAGUAGGACCUGCUAAAUUUAAAUUUCAUUCAGGAAAGCUUCAUCGACUGCGACUUAUAAACAGUGGAUCACUUCUAAACCAGAAGUUCAGCAUCGAUAAUCAUGAAGUGACAGUCAUUGCAAACGAUUAUAUUCCGGUCAAGCCAUACAAAACAAAAGUGGUCACCCUGGGUCCUGGUCAACGAACAGAUAUCAUCGUCAAUGCCACAGGCUUUCCCACUGAUGCCGUAUGGAUGCGAUCCGAUAUAGACUUGGGUUGUAUCGAGACGACGGCCAAUGUUCGUACUGCACUUGCAGCUAUCUACUAUGAAUCGGCGGACACUACUUCUACUCCCCGCACUACAGGCACCACAUGGGAAAGCAAUAACUGUCUCAAUGACCCGCUGAACCAGACAGUCCCUUAUUACCCAUUAAGACCUCCUCAGCCCGCGACCGUUCAGACUGUUACCGUAACUGUUGGCUACAACGCCACUGGAUUUAUACUCCUGUUCAUGAACAAUUCAUCCUUCCGCGCAGAUUACAACAACCCUAUACUGCUCGAUGUCAAAGCCGGAAAUUUCUCAUUCCCUACAGAAGGAAAUGUCUAUAACUUUGGUAGUAACUCUAGUGUGCGGUUAAUUCUGAAUAACACUUAUUCCAACCCGCAUCCUAUGCACUUACACGGUCAUAACUUCUGGGUACUGGCAGAGGGAUUAGGGACGUGGGAUGGCAAAAUCACGAACCCGUCUAACCCCCUGCGUCGUGACACACAUAAUUUGCAGCCGGGAACACCUGAACAGCCAUCAUACGUGGUUCUCGAAUGGACGCAAGAUAAUCCGGGAGUUUGGCCGUUCCAUUGUCAUAUGUCUAUCCACUCUAGCACGGGAAUGGUGUUCUUAGCCAUGGAGCAACCGGAACUGAUAGAAAAAGAUACGCAAAUUCCUAUGGUCAUGGCGCAGACGUGUCGAGAUUGGGACCGUUUUAGCAGUACGUCGUUUGUCGAUCAGAUUGACUCUGGUGUAUAA